GGAGAAUUUAUAUGUAUACAAAGUCCUCCCAAGACUCCAAGGUCUCCUCCUCAACACCAUCACCUCCAUCAUUUGCUUCUCCUUCUCCUUCUUCUUCUUCUUCUUCUUCUUCUUCUUCUUCUUCUUCUUCUUCUUCUUAUAAUUUAUUAAGAUCUGAGAAGCAACAUGGGUGAAGGAGCAAAGCAAGUUUUUCAAGGCUUCUCAGUUGCUAAAGAAACCCAGAAUGGUCCUUGGGUGAUCAUGGAAGCUGCAGGUGACGAUAAUGAUAUGAGCCAUUCUGCAUCCAAUGGAUCAUCCUUUGAAGAUUCCUCCAGCACUGUUGAAUCAUCAUCUUCAUCAGACCUGGUAGAGGAUGCAUCUUCUUCUUCAUCAUCAUCUUCUUCUUCUUCAUCCCUUUCAAAUGGGCCUCUCUAUGAACUUUCUGAGCUCAUGGCCAAUCUUCCCAUCAAGAGAGGUCUUUCUAUGUACUUCCAAGGAAAAUCCCAGUCUUUUACAUCAUUAGCAAGCGUGAAGAGCAUAGAAGAUUUGACAAAGAGAGUCCACCCUUGCAGGAAGAAAAUGAAAACAUGCAAGAGCUAUGGAGGGGGUUUGGCCAUGGAUGGCCACAAGUUGCAUUCUCCAAAGCCUGUCAUAUCAAAGAAAUCUUCUUCAAAGGGAUUUGUUUCUUCUUCCUCUCCUCCUCCUCUAGGGCCUUACAUGUUGGAGCACGAUUGGAAUGGGCAAAAUGCAUGAUGGUUUGUACUUAUUACAAGAUUCGAGCCUUUCUCAAGCCACUGCAUCUUUUUAUGGUUUCUUUUCUAAGCAGAAUCUCAAGGCUUUCUCUAUUAUUUGCUCUUCUUCUCUUUCUUCAAAUGUGUUUUCACUUUGGCAUUCAAGGCUUGGGCACCCUUCUGAUGUAAAAAUUCAUUCUUUGGGUAGAGUUUUACCUUUUCUUAAGAAUUGUUGUAAUAAACUUUGUAAUGUUUGUCCUUUGGCAAAACAGAAAAGAAUUCAUUUUCCUUUCAAUAAUAAUAAAUGUGCUUAUCCUUUUGAUCUUGUUCA